CUUGCUUUCUCUUUCAAUUUGACUGAAGUACAGCGCACACUUUUCAGUGCACAUGUGAACACACACUCUUCCGUCGCAGAAAAACUAUGGAGCCGAAGGAGAGCCCGAUGCGUCUGAGGGAAUGGCUGAUUGCCCAGAUCGACAGUGGGAAAUAUGCUGGACUAAGCUGGGAGAACGAGGGGAAAACUUUAUUUAAAAUCCCAUGGAAGCAUGCAGCUAAGCAGGACUACAGGCAGAACGAGGACGCCGCGCUCUUCAAGGCGUGGGCAGUGUAUAAGGGAAAGUACCGUGAGGGACGUGACAGAGCCGACCCCUCAGCGUGGAAGACUCGACUCCGCUGUGCCCUAAACAAGAGCUCUGAGUUCCAGGAAGUUUCUGAACGCAGCCAACUGGACAUCUCAGAACCCUACAAGGUGUACAGGAUAGUGGAGGAAACACACAUCCACACAAACACAGAAUCUGGUGUGAGUUCAGUAAGGGGCAGAGCAUUCACAGACGUUCAUGAUCAGGAUGUAGUACACGACAACUCAAAUAACAGCAGAGUAUCGGGCGAGAAACAAGCAGACGGAAGGUUGGAGCUCUACAGCAAUAACAAUGUUGUUGGUUUUGACAGACCUGUGAAUGUUUCUGUCACUUUGCUAACAGCAUGGUACCCCAUUUCAGAUUUACGACUCCUUGUGUGUGUGUUCUAUCACGGUCAGCUGGUGCAGGAACUGAUCACCUCGUCUCCAGAGGGAUGUUUUAUCCUGCAGGGUUCGGCGCCGGUGGGGAACGAGCGAAUUUACGGGCCAUGUGGAGCUCACACUCUGUCCUUCCCUCGUCUGGACACUCUGUCCCUCUCACCGGGCAUCGCCGAGGCCAUGAGCCGCCUCCUGCCCCACCUGGAGAAAGGUGUGUUAGUGUGGGUCGCUCCUGAUGGAGUCUACAUCAAACGCUUCUGUCAAGGACGAGUGUACUGGAACGGACCGCUCGCCCUGCACCAACAGCAACCCAACAAACUGGAGAGAGAGAAGACAUGCAGACUGCUGGACAUCAACGUCUUCCUGCAGGAGUUACAGCAGCACCUGCAGGCUGGAGGGCCAAGGCCACGCUAUGUGAUUGACCUGUGCUUUGGAGAGGAAUUUCCUGACAAAAACCAACCAAAGAGCAAAAAACUAAUUACAGCACAGGUAGUGCCCCUGUUUGCAAAGGAGCUGCUUGAGGGUUUCCAGAAACAUGAAGCUGAACUGAAUCUCAGUCUGAAACCUGAAGCACAGAAAUGACAUCCAUCCAUCCAUCCAUCCAUCCAUUGCUCUCCUCCUCCCUUUGUCUAUCACUGUAGAUAUAAACACACCCUACACACAUGUAACUAUUCAGUAACUGUACACCAGAGGGAUUCUUUUUUUCAACUCAUUUCUCAUAUUCCGGGUUACGAGUGCAGCUUUCUAACUAUUUUCUAAAAAAACAACCAAUAAAAACAGCAUCAUGCUAACCAGCAGCUAGAACUACUAGCCAUGAUAGAAUGGUGAAAUUCAUUACCUCAGAAUCCACAAUGCUCCAUGUUGUGCUAAAUAUCGCUAGUAAUAAAUCAUAGAGAAUUUACCAGCAAAUCAAACAAAAAACUACCAGCAGUCCAGUUUCCUCACAUGGUAAAUUACCUAUUAGUGCAUAAUUGCUAGCUUUCUGUUACUCUUAGUUACUCUUAGCCUAAUGUAGCAUGUUUAGACAAUAUUAUUCUAAAAGAAUAGUUUUGACUAUCAAUUAUAAUCAAUAAAAUAACUCAAACUAAUUUAUUUUAUUUUAUUGCAAUAAAUACAAAUGGAAUGUUUCUUUCAGUAAAAAAAAAAUAUGAACUAUGUUAGCAUUCUGGUAAACUGUAUAGAAUUAACCGGGCUAAUUUUUUUAAUAGAAUUCUAAUGCUAGUUCAACAAACAUGCUAACAUUGCUCAAUGUGAAUGAACUAAGAACAUGCAGAUUGUAUAAGGCUAAUUUGCUAGUUUCACCAAGGCUAUAAAGAUGUGUUACUUCGUAGGCUACACAUAUAUAAUUUAUUAAAAAAAUAAAAUGAAUAUAUAAUAUAUUAAAUGGCUAUUUCAAAUUGACUGCUUUCUUCUAACUAUCUACUGGUUUUCUUUUAAUGCUAGCCAUGUUAGCAUGAUAGGGUUUUUAUUCUGAGGAAAGUCUGUAUUGUUUUUAUAUUUUGAACUUAUUUUGUGAAAAACUCAGAAAAUGCUUUGUGACUGUAAAUAUUGUGAAAAAUUGCAUCGUUUACAGUUGGAAAAUUUAGACAAGUAUAUAAAUAGAUAUAAUCAUGGCAAAGGAAAAACAAGAGUAAUGUUCACAAAUAGGACAGUAUUUCUUCUUUUGUGGUACAACUGACGAAAAAUAAAAUAAAAAAUGUAUCAUCUC